AUGGACUCUACAUUACCUGGAUACACUUUAUCGUCUGAAACGCUCCCCAACUACUCAUCGUCGUUGAACUUUUAUGGAUUGGCUUUACUCAAGACUGAGUUCUUAACUCCAUACCAAUACAACAACGGCAACAGAUCUUGGAAACCGGUGCUCCUACAUAUGAACUCAACCCAACUAAACAUCUACAACAUCAACGCUGACAAAAAGCUACAAGAUUUGCUUAUCAACUUGUACUUUGAGUUGAAUAACUUAAACCAGUUGACUAUUGACCUUAAUACCGAGUACAAGAAAAAUAAUGGAAUUGAUUUCAGUUCAAACCAAGUUGACUUGAGUGACGUAUUUUCUGGCGAUGCUUAUGGAGGGCUUGAAGGUAACAAAUCAAUGUUUAGUGAGUCCAAGUUUGGCAAGUUAAAGAAUAAGUUGAAGACGCAAAAGAACCAAAAGAUAUUGGCAACGAUAUCCCAAUACUACGACAUCCUCAAAGACAAUCAAUUACUCUUUGAGCCUACUAGUGGUGACAUUAAAGGAACUACAUUUGAAAAAUACAAGGGUUCUUUACUUCAUUCAUAUUCAUUGUCUCAUUUGCAAGUAGGCGAAGCACCAUCAUUGAACCAAUUAAUUUCAGCAAUGUACAAGGAAGACCAGUCGUCGUCAACUUCAAACAUUUCAUCCUUGGUAAAGUAUAAAAACUCCCUUCGGUUGAGGAUUGAGUACAAACAAAUAUUGCUUCAGUUUUGGUCAUUCCAUUGUAUGAUCAGUUGGUUUAGAAAUUUGUCCAUUGGAAAGGAUUUGAGUUUACCAUUGGAAUUGAGGACUGUUACCAAACUCAAAUCGAUACCUUCAAGAUACACUAGUAGAAACAACGCACUACUUGCAGCUACGGCAGCGGCAGCCAGUUACGGUAGACGAAACCACCAGAAUGCGGAAGCAUCGAUAAUGGAGGAUGAAAGUGCCUUAUUUGGGUCAAACCAUUUACAUCACAAGGAUGCCGACUCGGAUGUUUUCAGUACCGAUUGUGAAGAUGAUUCCAUAUUUGACAAUGUACAACAAAAUCCAAGAAGAGGUUCGGCAACUUCAUCAAUCUCAACCUCCACUGACAUUGGAUACGUUACAAUCAAUGAUUUCAAAUUUGUGUCAAAAGACAAUGUCUACACCCCGGUUGAGAAGCAAUACAUUUCCAACUGUAUUCCUGACCUCAAUUCGUUUGACAAGUGGAGCGGUAGACUCAUAACAGUUAGCAAUGCAGACUAUUUUGUGAGAGAUGAGAGGAAUUACACAAACAAAGAUGAUGUUUUUAUAAGUUACAAUGCAUUGAGCGAUUUGGUUCAGCUGUUUGAUAGGAAGUUUCUGCAAUUGCACCAGCAUAACAAGUUGAGCUCAACGAGGACGUUUUUGAUCCACCAAAGUGGAUUAGUAGGUAUUGCACAGAAGUGA